AUGUCUUGGUCUCGCCUCAUCCGUUUCGUUGAUACCACCGGUAAAGUCUGCUUCGGAGAACCAGCAAUCAACGAUGUCACAAAGCUGGUAGACGAAUGCCUAGCCGGAACAUUGUACGCCCAGGAAUUCGUGGGAGACAGCGCACUAUCUGUCACUCCAGGCGCCCGUCGUCUGCAAGUCAAAGAAAUCUUAGGCGUCCUCCGGCCAGAGGAUAUUCCUAUUAUCCGUUGCGUGGGGUUGAACUACAUGGCACACAUCAAGGAGGGGGGACGCACCCCCCCGCCUCAUCCGUCUCUUUUCAUUAAGCCGAAUACCUCCAUUGCUGCAUACAAUGAAGACAUCCCUAUUCCACAGAUUGCCCAAGACUCGGUAGAUUAUGAGGGCGAAUUGAGCGUUGUGAUUGGCAAAACUGGUAGGAAUAUUCCAAUGGAAACGGCCUUGGAUUACGUUGCCGGGUAUGUCGUUGCCAACGAUGUGUCGUGCCGCAGCUGGCAAAAAGACCCGAGAAAGGCCGGAGGUGUCCCACAAUGGUGUUUCAGCAAAGGAUUCGAUAAGUUUGCCCCUCUCGGUCCUGUCCUUGUGUCUCCGAAGGUCGUCGGUGCUGCCGAUAAUCUGCGCCUUCAGACGCUCGUCAACGGCGAGGUUCGUCAAGAUACGAACACUAGUGACUUACUUUUCAAUGUCCCUCAUCUUAUCAGCUUCUUGAGUCAGGGAACCACCCUGGAAAAGGGCACAAUCAUCAUGACUGGUACUCCCUCGGGUGUGGCCAUGGGCAUGACUCCUCCCAAAUAUCUCAAGGCUGGUGACAUAGUGGAGGUGUCCAUUGAGGGACUUGGGUCUACAAAGAACAUUAUGGCGUUUGAAUAG